AUGCUCGUGCAGAUUUCCGUGCCCAACCUCAACAACCCGAGGGGGGGAUCCAGCACCUUCGGACGUACCGGCAAGCUACCCACACCUCUCAAUAGGCCACGUAUCAACAAGAGGGAGACUAAGGCUGGAGCCCUAGCUGGUGACCCAAAUGGCCUUGGCGAUUAUGACGAUGACCGACGAAGGGGAAACGGGGGAGAUUGGCAAGGAGAUCGAGGCUACGGGUACGGAAGGGGUAGAAAUGGGCCCUCUGGACCACCAAGGGGAUUCGGAAACGGACCCUCAAAGGACCCCGGAUUCGGAAAUGAGCCUCUUAAGGACCCUGGAAGAGGACGGACCACCGGCAACUAUAUCGGUAACUCUUUACCGAUCCGACCACUAGCCAGGCACAGCACGCUUGCGUACGGGACUCCAAGCGCCCCUGACGACGAUAGCGAUGACUUCCUUAAGCUAGGAGCAGCAGACCUUUACCUAAGAGCAAAGGAGUUGGCCUUGUUUGCAAGAAGCUUUCCCAAAGAGCUAAAGUAUUCGAGACCCGACGAUGACUUCAAGACCCAAUUAGGGAUUUUUGCUGACCAAGCAAGUCGAUACGGUUUGACCUCCGACGACUACUUGGCGGCGUUCCCUAUUAUGCUCACGGAGGAAGCUAUUACAUUUUACUACAAUCACGUCAUCAAAGCCAGGCUUCCGACGUUCAAAGCAAACGCUAUUGCUAUAAGGGACCACUUCGAGACCGACCACCGGCGGCAAGCAAAAUACGACCGCUAA